GAGCUGCUGCCAUGACAACCCCAGCGGUCUCGGCCCGUGCGAGUCGGGGCUGCUCCCGGGAGGAAGGCAACGCGGAGGCCCGGGGCUGCCGCUGAUUGUGGCGUCGCGCGUCCCCGCGCGUCCCCGCUUCCCGCGCCGCGUCCCCGGAGGAGGCGGGGGUGCAGUCCGCCCAGCUCCCCUGCGCCCCGAGUCUGCGCCGGGCGGCCCUGGGCGGACUGGCAGCGCGGGCCCGGUGGCUGCCAGUAGCCGCCCGGGCUGCGGUGGCGAACAUCCACCGUGCGGAGGAUCCUAUCGCCGAACUGGCCUCCUGCACCCGCGGUGGAACUUUUUACCGCCUCUGGGUUCCAGAUUGGAGACUUGGGCUGUUUAUAAAUAUAUCCAUACACAUGUGUGAGCUAAUAAAACGUGUUCUCCUCUCUGUGAGGCAGCAGCAUUUUAUGAAAUCUCCUUUAUGUCAGAGACACUUGCUUGGCUUCUUUGGGUUAUAAACUUUUGGUGAGAGCCCUCUGCAGAACGUGCCCAACUGAAUUCUAAAGUAGCAUCUCGAAGAGAGAGAGAGAAAGAGCAAUCUGUGACCUUCAUCCUGCACCUUCCGUCUCUCUCCCUUCCCGCUGCCUCCCUCCUCCCCAGGGAGCGUCAAGAAAGCUCUUUUUUGGAUGCAGGAGGGGCAUCUGGUUCUGCCAGGCUGGAAAGCUGAGGCAAGAUUUGAGGAAGAAUCAUUAGGCUCCGGAGAGCCUGGACUCGUUUCUGCUUCUGGCUUGCUCCAUCCCUUCCUCUCCCCAAACCACUUCCUGAGACCCACCGGUGUGCGGGGCUGGGACGAGGACCGUGCUGCUGACGGCGUUCUGGGAAGUUGUGGCUGUCGAGGAUGGGGGUCUGUGGGUACCUGUUCCUGCCCUGGAAGUGCCUCGUGGUCGUGUCUCUCAGGCUGCUGUUCCUUGUACCCACAGGAGUGCCCGUGCGCAGCGGAGAUGCCACCUUCCCCAAAGCUAUGGACAACGUGACGGUCCGGCAGGGGGAGAGCGCCACCCUCAGGUGUACCAUAGAUGACCGGGUCACCCGGGUGGCCUGGCUAAACCGCAGCACCAUCCUCUACGCUGGGAGUGACAAGUGGUCCAUAGACCCUCGUGUGAUCAUCUUGGUCAACACACCAACCCAGUACAGCAUCAUGAUCCAAAACGUGGACGUGUAUGACGAGGGCCCAUAUACCUGCUCUGUGCAGACAGACAACCACCCCAAAACGUCCAGGGUCCAUCUCAUCGUGCAAGUUCCUCCACAAAUCAUGAAUAUUUCCUCAGAUAUCACUGUGAAUGAGGGGAGCAGUGUGACCCUGCUGUGUCUUGCUAUUGGCAGACCAGAGCCAACUGUGACCUGGAGACACCUGUCUGUCAAGGAAGGCCAGGGCUUUGUGAGUGAGGAUGAAUACCUGGAAAUCUCCAACAUCAAACGUGACCAGUCUGGGGAGUAUGAAUGCAGCGCCUUGAAUGAUGUUGCUGCACCUGAUGUGCGCAAAGUCAAAAUCACUGUAAACUACCCUCCCUACAUCUCAAAAGCUAAGAACACUGGUGUCUCAGUUGGUCAGAAGGGCAUCUUGAGCUGUGAAGCUUCUGCUGUGCCUACAGCUGAAUUCCAGUGGUUCAAAGAAGAUACCAGGCUAGCGACUGGCCUGGACGGCGUGAGGAUUGAGAAUAAAGGGCGCAUAUCCACUCUGACUUUCUUCAAUGUUUCAGAAAAGGAUUAUGGGAACUACACUUGUGUGGCCACAAACAAGCUUGGGAACACCAAUGCCAGCAUCACACUGUAUGGGCCUGGAGCAGUCAUUGAUGGUGUAAACUCGGCCUCUAGAGCGCUGGCUUGUCUCUGGCUAUCAGGGACCCUCUUUGCCCACUUCUUCAUCAAGUUUUGAUGAGAAACCAUAGGUUCUCUGAGCAACGUCUGCUUCUCCAUAUCACAGACUUUAAUCUACACUGCGGAGGGCAAACCAGUUUGGGCUUCUUUUUGUUUCUUUGUUUCUGAUAUUCUUCUUGAUUUUUUUAAUUUUGGGGUUUUGUUUGUUUAUUUGAUUUUUUCAAGUUUAAAUGAGUGGGGUUGGGGGAGGGGUGGGCAGGGUUCUACCAUGUGUAGGAUAAUCAUUCAUUGGUGUGUCCAAAAGUGGAAUAUGUUCCUGCUAGCUUGGCCCUUCCCUCCCCUCUGCUUCCCUCCUCCUCAUCAUCAUCACUGACCUCUCCUCUCCCAUACACCAAAACAUGAGCUCCAUUUGGGCAAAAAAUGUGCCUCAUGAUAAACACCCUGAAGACACAACUUGACUUAUAAUGUAGUGCACAGCAAGAGUUAUAUCCAAGUGUCCUAUUAUCUGUGUCUUUUAAGCUUUGGACAAUUUUCCUGACUAUAAUGUACAUAUAUCCUUCUCUCCAUGUUUAUUAUUAUCUAAUUACAUUAGGGUUCACAUCCUUUCUUUCUGGGAAGUUAUCUCAAUGUGUGUGUGUGUGUGUGUGUGUCACACACACACACACAUGCGUAUAUAGUCUUGCCCUAUUUGCAUUUAUCACCAGCUACAGGGAUUAUUACAGGUUUGGGGAUAUUUAUUCAACCCAACAUUAAAAAUUUAGAAGUCAAAUGACCAAAAAGGGGGGAGGCAUUUUGAGGAUAGCAUUUCUCUUUAAAAAAAAAUGUUGUGUAAUGUACAAAAAAUGAUUUCUAGAUGGCUGAAUAUUUAGGUUUUAUCAAGCUAUCUAUCAAAGAAAUCAUAUAGUUAUCCAUCUACUCAAUUGUCUGAUUCAUCUCCCCAUUCAAUUAUCUACCCACACAUCUUCCUCUCUAGCAGUCUAUUUACUCUAUUUGUCAAUCUAUCAGUGUAAUUAUCUAACACUUCUUUCUAUUUCUUUCCCCACUACUCACCAUCAAUUCAUCACCAUAUUAAUAACUAGUCAUAUUGUGUCUAUUCAAUUGUACUCAUUUCUCCUCUACCUUCAACAGACAUUGGCAUCUUCAAAAUUACCUAUCAGCUUCCCAUGUGAAAGCCAAUGAUCUCACAGGCUAACAGCAUAGAAAGAAAUAUGUCAUGGACUCUUUGGAAUGUGGUGGCCCAUCCACCCAAAGCAGAUGCUGAUAACAGAUGGACCAAAGUGGGAUUUUAAUGACCAGUCACUCACUCUUCCCAGAAGAGACUGUGUUUCCAAAACCAUCUUCUCAGGAAGCAGGUUGACCCUGGAGAAGCCUUGAUAGGUACUGUGUUUUCCUUCUUCACUCUUGAAGGACUAAGGUUUCUUUCAGCCUUUCAGUGUAUGUUGGGAACCUAUGGGAUUUACCCCCAUGGAUGGCUUUUCUUUAUAGCAAAAACAUAAAGGAAGAAAUACACUUCGGUCUGUGGAGUGCAAAGAGGGCAGUCCACUUGUCUGAGUGCAACGACUUCAGCUAUUGUCUCCUCUCUGCUCUGGUUUUAGCUUCAUCUGUUUGAAAACUACCCAGUAAAAAAGCUGAUGAAGCCAAUUAUGUGGUGGGUGUGUUGACAACUCUGGUAUUUGUUUCAGGAAGCUCUUCUGAGCUGAGGAGGGCACUUGAGCAACUGACUUAAUUUCCAAGCACUUGAUUAACACAACACUGCAAAGAGGAGGGGAAAAGUGUAAGUGACACACAUUUCCUUUGAUACAGCUUUUCUGCACUGGCCUGGAGGAAGAAUGUCUUCAUUUCUUCAUAUUCAAAGCAGACCCAGCAUAUGACAUUUCUGCAUUAUCUCCUGGGACAACAAGGAUUCAGCCAGCAGGGUACCUACCAGUGAACCAGUGGAAGGUCACUGGAAACGGCACAAUGCUGUGCUCCUCCUUACCUAUGCUGCAGGGACUGACCUACUGAGAGGAUGAGAAAGAAGCAUCCACAAAGACUGUCUCACAGACCUGCUCUCCCUCAAUGGAAAACUCUUUCAGGAAAAUAAUACAUAAUAAAUAGGUGUGUGGAGACUAUAUAUACACACACACACACACAUAUAUAUACACGUGUGUGUGUGUGUGUGUGUG